CCUCGAUACCCGAGUCCAAGCAGCGAGACCACACUCUCGUCUCCUCAAUUUCAUGAUUCUGUCUCUGUCGUCAAGAGCCCAAGGUGGGUCGCGAUGGACUGUCUGCCAGGUUUAAGUGCACAAUGGACAACCGGAGAAGAUCGAGGAUUGCUCACAGAGCUCGCAGGAUGAGUUUCUUCACGGCCUCAAGACCAACAUCUCAGCUUUCACCGUUCCUGCGUAUUGAUCAGGACUGAAGUUUAAGCAUUUUGGAUUCUCUCAAAAGGCUGCAACGCACUUACCAUUUCUCUCAUGCCAACAUCACUGUGUUUCCACGAGCACUCAGGAAUCUGAUCUGGACGAUGGGAUUAGGAGCGAAUUGCCAUCAUUCCAUCCAGUCCAGAAUGGCCCGGUGGCGCACCCCCACUCGCUGAACAAUGCGCCCGAGGAGCUCAUCUCGGCAUGUUCCCAAGGAUGAGCUCCCUCAUUCCACACGAGAACCCCUUGAAUGCUUGGUUUCGCUUGGUUUCUACCAACGCAGGCCCGUGCGGCGUGGUCGAUGGGGGAGCCUGGUUGGAAUGCAACAUUCUGGUUGUGUUGUUAUGAUAUCGCGUCUCCCAAGGGCGUGGCUCCUCAAAAGCCAACCACCUCUGCAAUUCUUCCUUCACCUUUUUGCCAUUGCCAGUCGCUCGUUUGGUUUGGAGUUCUGCAGUCCUCCACUUCUUAUCAAUCCUGUUUUCAGUCUUGGUGUUCGCAGAAUACGGCAUAUAAAAAGAAAGCAAUAGGGUGGCCCGCCAUGUGGCCGUCAUCGUCACUCCUUUUAUCCUCCCUAGCUCUGCAAGUUGCAGCAGCCAACGCGCAGGCUCUGGCCACGGUCACCUACGGACCCAGCGGACCUUGUCCGGUGCCAUCUAUCACCAGCGUCGUUGUUGUACAAGCAGGGUACUACAGCUCCUUCUUUCAGUCAGCCUCGCAGAUUGUGAACCUUUUCGGCAACGGUGAUACGGUUACGAUUCAAAAUGCCCCUACAACGUAUAUUACGAACACAUACAUUACCACGACCAUCAUCUCCACGGUAACAAGCGUCGUCAGUCCCUCAGCUACAACCACAUCAACGACUCCGUCUGGCAGUGCGAGUGUCGGGCCAAUCACCACAAGUGCGACUCCUGCCUCCUCACUCUCUACGUCCAUCUCGAUAACUUCCACGCUAACUUCGAGCACGACACUUUCGGGCACCUCCACAACAUCCACGACAGAGUUCACCCCGAUCCCCCCUCCAGUUACAACACCUACCCCGGCACCAGUCCUGACUUCUACGUCGGUUGAUGCGCAAGGAAACACAAUUUUAGUCCCGAUCACGCAGCCACCACUGGUUCUUGGCGAAGGUCUGCCUUCUGGAACCGUGACGGAUCUCCCGGCAUCAUCAGCCGUCAUCGUCGGCGUUGCAGUUGGUGGUCCCGGCGGGGCGAAAGUAAAGAGACAGGAUUCAGGCACGCAGGCCUCCGAGCUGCUUUCCGGGAGUGACGGCGGGUCCAGCAAUGCAUGCGAUGUUGCAGUCAGAUAUUUUCUACAACAUGGACAGCUGACAGAUGGCACCGAUGUGGUCGGCCGCAACACCACCGAUUCUUUUGCCCUCAUGACACCUGAUCCCGAUACCAACAACGUCACCACUGUGUUUUCGUUUGUUAAUGGCAUUCUGAACUGGGAUUCGACCGACCAAGGCGCAGCCACCUUCUACCGCUGCGGUGAUAACAAGGUGUGGGCUGGCUUCCCCUCUCCUCCGCGGCCCGACUGCUACAACGUCACCUUGGGCGGUAUCGUGGCCAGCGCUUGUCCAGUGCCGUUCAGGGAUCCAGACGUGACCACAUCAUCAACAACCAUUGCCUCGAGCACCUCAACCUCGACAGACGUGCCGACCACGACCCCCGAAGCGACCACGACUCCCGAAGUGACCACGACUCCCGAAGUGACCACGACUCCUGAGACGACCACGACUCCCGAGACGACCACGACCCCCGAAGUGACCACGAGCACGACCACCGAUUCGGAGAGUACGACAUCGCCCACGACAACUCCUGAAUCGACGUCAACGAGCGAUCAAACCUCGACUGAGUCAUCAGCGACACCGUCUCCUUCAAGUUCAACACCAGUCAUCACCAGCUCGCUGGCUCAGACUACCGAGACUACUGAGGUUUCCACCACCUCUAAUGCGUCGCCCGCCACCUCUGCAACAGAGUCUACUAGCUCUCCAUCAUCUGCGCCGGUGGGGACGAGCUCUUCAAAUGUUGUCCCUCCACAGUCAAGUUCAACCAGCAUAGCCCCUGCGCAAUCGAGCUCAACCAGUAUACUCCCUACGCCAUCAAGCUCAUCGAGUGCAAUCACUACCCAUUCAAGCUCCACAAGUGUCAUUGUCGCGCAAUCCAGCACGACUUCUGCAGUGCCAACCACGCCGGUCGUGACCAGCGCUUCCUCUGCCGUCUCUUCAAGUGGAAGUACCGGCGGAGCUACCAGUGGACCAAGCUCUACAUCUCCAGGCAUUCAAAGUACCAGCCCGAGUAGCUCACCAUCGCCUUCCUCCAGCGCAUCUCCGAGUACGAGUAAUCCCGGCUCGACGACUCCAGCAGGUAUAGUGUCUUCCUCUCCUUCCUCAUCCACUACCAUCCCCAGUCCAAGUACUUCAUCCUUGUCCCCCAGCAGCAGCUCUGUAGGAGCAACUACGUCUUCUUCAGCCCCAGCGCCUGGAACUUCGGCAUCGACAAACGCGCCUACUACAACUGUUGGUACCUCCUCGCCAGCCACUACGCCCGGCGGAUCAAGCACAAUUUCAUUGCCAACAAGCUCCCAGUCGGCAAGUACUGUCGUAACGAGCCCUACGACGACCAACCCGGUACCGACGACCUCCUCAGCCCCGAGCUCUAUGACCACAAGCCCCUUGGUGACGACAGGACAAGGAACGACUCAAACCUCUGUGGCGGCCUCUUCUACGACUAGCAACGUUGUAACAUCCACUACUAUUGGCGGCACGACCAGUGCUAGCUCUGCUCCAAGCUCCGGUGGUACAACAUCAAUCUCUGCUGCAACCUCGAGCAUGGCAGCAUCGACGGGUGCUAGCACAGCCGCCUCAUCAGCACCGCCAGUCUCGUCGUCUUCCUCGGCAUCCACAAGCUCUGUUGGUGUGUCCUCAACAGCAGGUGGUGUCACAACCAAUGCCGGAACAUCCUCGAUGGCGACUGGUUUGGGCACGUCUGCGUCGACUAGCCUAUCUACAUCUUCACCUGGCAGUACUUCUGUGUCCAGCUCGUCGACUGUGAUUCCAUCAUCCUCUAGUGCUGCGACCUCCAGUGCGGCAGCAUCGGGCACUUCAACCACCUCAUCCUUGGCUUCCUCGUCUCCUGGUACUACUGCAGGCUCUCCGGGAACCACAUCGACGGCUUCUGUCACUCCAAUUACCACGUCGAACUUCUCUUCUUCUUCACCUUCAGCGUCGAGUUCAACAACUUCUCUAAGUGCGGCAACAACGAGUUCCACAGGGCUGACUUCGACAACGUUAACAGGGCUGAGUACGACAACGAUUGCCUCCUCUGCCUCUCCGUCAAGUACAAGCGCAGGAGGUCAGACGUCAAGCUCUGUCACCGCGAGCUCAAGCGGCGCCACGACCUCCACGGGUGUUGCAGGUUCCACCACGACCAAUUCGGUCAGUUCGAGCCCGCCAACCAGUUCGAGUGCGGCCGGCACCACAACCUCGAGUGCCAACUCUGGGCCAACUACCUCAAGCUCGACCACUAAUGGCGCAUCCUCGACGUCCCCGACAAGCUCCUCUGUGGCUGGUUCGAGUACGAGCACAAUCUCAAGCACGUCAGCCGCGACUUCACCGGCGUCAAGUACUACAGUUUCCACCUCUGCUGCAGGGACAUCCACUGUAGUAACCACGAGCACCGGCCCGAAUUCUUCUACCACGAGCUCGACAGUGCCAGCCAGUUCCUCCUCUUCGAGCGCAGCUGCGGGCUCGACGAGCUCCACGACUAGCACUUCCCCAAGCUCUGCCACUGCAGGUUCGACCGGAUCCACCGCCACCGGUGUCACCACGUCGACGGCGACGAGCUCGACUAUUUCCACAGCCAGCAGUGUCGCCAGCUCCACCACUCUCAGUUCGACGGUGUCAAGUACCUCUACGACGAGCUCGACGGGACAAAUUAUAUCCUCGUCGACGACAUCGGCCGCGUCUUCUCCGGCAUCUUCGGCAUCCACCACCACUACUGCGCAAGCCACGACAGUUUCGACGACGACUACGGUAUUGGCAACAUCUACAAUCACCACCUCGACUAGCCCAGCUGCUACCACUACUACAACGCCUGGUGCCGGCAGCAGCUCAAGCAGUACAAGCAGUACAACUGUUCCCUACUCCCCUCCAGCAGGUCCGAACUAUUCGGCUCUGGCCCUGGCAGUUACCCUCAGUACCGUCGCUGCUGGAGCCACAGGAACCUUGUGCGCUGGAGCCAACGUCAGCCCUGGGGCCAGCCAGCCGCUGCCCGUGGCCACGGGCGCCUAUAACUAUCAAAAGGUAGCCCUGGCUGACUUCCCAAGUACGGUUUACGAAGUCGAAUGCUGGAUGAAUGCCGGGAGCACCGGUGGUACUGUCACUCAACAGUCGGGCACCUAUUACUCGCUCGAGAGCUGUAUUGACGCUUGUACGGCGGCUGGAACGAGCACAUGUCUUGUUGCCUACUGGGCCUCACAAACCAGGGUCUGCUACCUUUACAACCGGGUCAACAGUGGUGGCUCACCUAGCUUGGCUGGCGGGCAGUCCCCAGCCAAGAUUGUGGGCAGUGGCGUUCGCACCGCACGACUUCUCACCGGCCAACCCGUGCCGAAUGUGGUGGACGCAACCUAUCUCCUUGCUCCGGGCUACGACCUAGGUCUCUGCAACAACAACAAUUACCAGUUGACCUUCGUCGGCGUGUACUACAAUGGGGCCAGUGGUACGGGCCCUGCCACGAUCAAUGUGAACCGAGACAACAUCUGGUACGUAUCAUGCGGGGCCUCAUUCCAAAACUCGCAGUCGGGGAUCCAACUCAGCCCAGUGUAUUCCUUGGCGACGCCUGUGUUCGGCUUUACUUCACCCCCCGCCACGGCGGACGACUGUGCGCGAAUCUGUCAGUCGUAUCACAGUUCCUUCCUUCUGAGCGGUGGUACCGACUGCAACCUCUGGCAGUUCGUGCCUUCAGCAGUGAACCAAUGUCAACUAUGGCCCUCCAAUGCCGGUGUUGCAAAUGGCGCCAGUCCAGGAACCACGAGGGAUGCGGGUAGUAAUACCAUCUUCGCCGCUGGCCUCCUCCGGGGUAACUCUGGGACGGAAUUCUCGUCGCAGGCACAAUACAAGAAGCGAGCUCUACCUGCGGGGAUGGACUACAGCCGUCGCCAUGCCCGGGAUUCUCUUAUCAACGAUGACAGUAUCCCGGAUGUUGUCCUCAAGUUCGACAAGGGGACUGGGAACUGGACCGAAAUGAUGUGAUUGAGUGUAUGGAAGCCGUUGCUGAUUAGGGGUGGGAGGAAGUGAGGUUUAUGACAAUGAUGAUGGCUGUUGUUGGGGGGCAUUCUUGUGGGGGAUCGCAACUACUUUUCGUUCUGGGAGGGGUGUUGUCUGAAGGGUCCGGCUGAAUGUGAAGCAUUCCUUGGGGCUUGAUAGGGCAUGCUCGUUCUAAUAUAUUUUGUGAUUUG